CCGGUCCCGUUCAGGGGGAGGUGACACCAAUGCCACCCCCCGAUGUCCCCCCGGUGCCACCACCGGUCCCGUUCAGGGGGAGGUGACACCAAUGCCACCCCUCGAUGUCCCCCCGGUGCCACCACCACCGGUCCCGUUCAGGGGGAGGUGACACCAAUGCCACCCCCUGAUGUCCCCCCGGUGCCACCACCGAUCCCGGCACAGGGGGGAGGUGACACCAAUGCCACCCCCCGAUGUCCCCCGGUGCCACCACGUGCCCGCUGAUCCCCUUAGGGGGGAGGUGACACCAAUGCCAGCCCCUGAUGUCCCCCCGGUGCCACCACCGGUCCCGUUCAGGGGGAGGUGACACCAAUGCCACCCCCCGAUGUCCCCCCGGUGCCACCACCGGUCCCGUUCAGGGGGAGGUGACACCAAUGCCACCCCCCGAUGUCCCCCCGGUGCCACCACGUGCCCGCUGAUCCCUUAAGAGCCUUUGCCCGGCACAGGGGGGGAGGUGACACCAAUGCCACCCCCCGGUGACCCCGGGAUGUCACCGCCGAUGUCACCGCCCGCUGAUCCCGUUAAGAGCCUUAGCCCGGCCCGGGGGGGGGGAGGUGACACCAUGGCCACCCCCCCGUGUCGCACCGUCCUUGUCACCGGCUGCUCCUCGGGCAUCGGCCUGGCCGUGGCCGUGCUGCUCGCCAGGGACCCCCAGAGGCGAUACCUGGUCCUGGCCACCAUGCGGGACCUGUCCCGCCGGGGCGCGCUGGAGGCCGCGGCCGGGGCCACCCUCGGGGACACCCUGUGGAUUCUGCGCCUCGACGUCACCAGCGACGCCUCCGUGGCCGAGUGCCUGCAGCAGAUCCCGGGGGGACGCGUGGACGUCGUGGUGAACAACGCGGGCGUGGGGCUGGUGGGGCCGCUGGAGAGCGCCUCGGGGCCGCAGGUGCAGCGCGUCUUCGACACCAACGUCUUCGUGCUGCGCCUGGCCCAGGCCCUGCUCCCCCAGAUGAAGCGGCGCCGCAGCGGCCACAUCGUGGUGGUCAGCAGCGUCAUGGGGCUGCAGGGGGUCGUGUUCAACGACAUCUACUCGGCCUCCAAGUUCGCCGUGGAGGGUUUGUGCGAGAGCCUGGCCGUGCAGCUGCUGCAGUUCAACGUCUUCGUGUCCCUGGUGGAGCCGGGCCCGGUGAACACGGAGUUCGAGCGCAAGGUUCUGCAGGAGGUGGAAAAAUCCGAAUUUCCCGGCACCGACGCCGAGACCCUGCGCUACUUCCGCGAGGUUUAUCUGCCCGCCAGCCGCGACGUGUUCGACACCUUCGGCCAGAGCCCCCAGGAGGUGGCACAGGCCAUCGUGUCGGUGAUCGGCGCCCGGCCCCCGUUCCGGACCCCCACCAACCCCCUGUACUCGCCCCUGCUCGCCCUGCGCUUCGCCGACCCCAGCGGGGACCUCGGCGUCCGAACCUUCCAGCGCCUCCUCUUCGACCUGGGCCUGAGCCUGGCGCUGCUGCGCUGCCUCACCUGCCGCUGCUGCCGCCGCCGCGUCACCCCCGUCUGAGGGCGCCCCCGAACCGGGGCCUGGGGGCGAAAUUCGGGGGCUUUGGGGCGAAAUUCGGGCGAAAAUCGGGCGAAAUUCGGGUGAAAUACGGGCGAAAUUCGGGCGAAA